AUGUUUUACGGUUGUGUUCAAAACACGAUGAAAAAGCCAAAGUUUUUGACACGAGCGGAACGUGAAGCAAUAGCUUUGAAAAAGCGUGAAGAAGAAGUGGCAAAACAGCGAGAACUGCAGAAAGCUUUAUUGGAAAAACGGAAGACAUUCAUACAGGAUGGCAAACGAAUAGAAAAAGAACGUGAAAGAGAGCGCAAAGAACGUGAACGUGAAGGCGAACGUGAGCGUGAGCGUGAGCGUGAAGGAGAACGGGAACGUGAGCGGGAACGUGAACGUGAAAAAGACACAGAACGUGAAAAAGAGCGGGAAAGAGGACGGAGAAGCCGAAGUCGUGAAAGAGAAGGACGAAGAAGUAAAAGUCGAGAACGACGCAGUCGUAGUCGAGAUAAACGUCAGGAUACUGACAAAGCCGAUCGUAAUGGGGAUACGAAAGACGAUCGAGAAACUGAUAAGGAUUUGGAGAAGCUCAAUGAAGCUAUUCGUCUGCGUUAUCUGGGUGGGCAACGAGAAAAACGCAAACGUGGUCGUCGGCUACAUGAACGGAAGUUUAUUUUUGAUUGGGAUGCUGGCGAAGAUACUUCUAAUGACUACAAUAAAUUAUAUCAAAAUAGGCACGAAGUGCAAUUUUUUGGUAGGGGUUCCAUUGCGGGAAUGGAUGUAAAUGCUCAGAAAAAGCAAAAAUCGGAGUUUUAUGCAAAUUUGAUGGAAAAGCGGCGCACAAAAGAAGAAAAGCAACAAGAAGAACUACGCUUAGCUGGUGUAAAGAAGAAAGAAAAAAAAGAAGCAUUUGAUAAUAGACACUGGACGCAGAAAAGUCUGGAUCAGAUGACCGAACGUGAUUGGCGGAUAUUCAGAGAAGAUUACAAUAUUUCUAUCAAAGGUGGUCGUGUUCCAAAGCCACUGCGUAACUGGGAAGAAGCUGGCUUGCCAUCAGAGGUCUACGAUGUUAUCAUGAAAAUUGGAUACAAGGAACCAACUCCAAUUCAACGACAAGCGAUUCCAAUUGGUUUGCAGAACAGAGAUAUAAUUGGUGUGGCAGAAACUGGCUCGGGAAAAACAGCCGCAUUCUUGAUACCACUUCUUGUUUGGAUCACAUCAAUACCCAAGUUUCAGGGUAAUGAAGACCAAGAUUCGGGACCUUAUGCUGUUAUCAUGGCACCAACACGUGAAUUAGCGCAGCAAAUCGAAGAAGAAACAGUGAAAUUUGGACAGUUACUCGGCAUUCGAACGGUUUCUGUAAUUGGUGGUGCUUCGCGUGAAGAACAGGGUUUGAAACUUCGUCUAGGUGUUGAAGUUGUUAUUGCUACACCGGGGCGUCUUUUGGAUGUUUUGGAAAAUCGGUAUUUAUCAUUGGACCAGUGCACGUAUGUCAUACUUGAUGAAGCUGACAGAAUGUUGGAUAUGGGUUUCGAACCAGAAGUCCAGAAAGUUCUUGAAUAUAUUCCCGUAACCAAUUUGAAGCCGGACACGGAAGAUGCAGAAAAAGAAGAAUCUAUAAUGGAAAAUUUUUUCUCAAAGAAAAAGUAUCGUCAAACUGUAAUGUUUACGGCAACGAUGAGCCCAGCGAUUGAACGCUUAGCUCGAGCUUAUCUACGGCGCCCAGCUGUUGUAUAUAUUGGUUCAGUUGGUCGGCCUACAGAACGAGUGGAGCAGAUUGUGUACUUGAUCGGUGAAGAAAGCAAGCGCAAGAAACUCGUUGAAUUAAUUUCGUCUGAUACGUUCGAACCGCCUAUCAUUAUUUUUGUCAACCAGAAACGGGGAGCAGAUAUAUUAGCCAAAGGUCUUACAAAACUUGGUUUCCAACCGUGUGUUUUGCAUGGUGGCAAAGGUCAAGAUGCUCGUGAGUAUUCAUUAGCAGCACUAAAAGAUGGUUCUAAAGAUAUAUUGGUUGCAACGGAUGUUGCUGGACGCGGUAUCGACAUCAAAGAUGUUUCUUUAGUGCUGAAUUAUGAUAUGGCAAAAUCAAUUGAAGAUUACACUCACAGAAUAGGUCGAACAGGUCGAGCUGGAAAGCAUGGCAAGGCGAUAACUUUCUUGACUCCUGAAGAUAAGGAUGUAUUUUAUGAUUUGAAGCAGUGCCUUCUUGAAAGUCCAGUAUCUACUUGCCCACCUGAAUUAGCUAAUCAUCCUGAAGCUCAACACAAACCUGGAACAUUUGUUGUCAAGAAACGCCAAGAAGAAACAUUAUUUCGGAACUGA